UAAAGAACAAGGAAUGGCCUGCGCCAACAACGGAUCGGAGUGUCCAGACACGAAAGAUGGUGAUGACGAGUGGACCAUUUUGGAGCGCGUCUGUCGAAUGCUGGCUGAGGAAGGCUACCUGGGCCCAUCGGUUAACCAGCGGCCGGUGGUAGAAUUUGAACAUCCUGCGGAUCUCAAAAACUUGAUACACUUCCCGAUGGAUGAGAAGGCACCGAUCAGCGAGGCGGCGAUCGAGCGGAUCAUCCGGCAGGUCCUACGCUAUUCGGUCCGCACGGGACAUCAGCACUUCCACAACCAAUUGUUUGCCGGUGUCGAUCCGUACGGAUUGACGGGCAGCUGGAUUACGGAGGCACUCAACACUAGCCAAUACACAUUCGAGGUGGGCCCGACAUUCACGUUGAUCGAAAACGCGGUGAUCGAGAAGUGCCUGGAGCUGUUCCGAUUCGGUAGCAAUGCGGACGGUAUCCUCUGUCCGGGCGGUUCCAUGUCCAACAUGUACGCGAUCGUAGCCGCACGCUUCCGCGCGAUACCGGAUGUAAAGCGUACCGGUGUCACCGGUCUUCCAGCACCUCUCGUGGUCUUCACGUCGGAAGAUGCUCACUACAGCAUCACGAAGGCCGUUCACUGGCUCGGAAUCGGGUUGAACAAUCUCGUAAAGGUUAAGGCCGAUCGUCGAGGGCGCAUCAUUCCGGAAGAGCUGGAACAGGCCAUCGAGUCGGUGCUCGCUUCCGGUCGACGACCCUUUUUCGUUAAUGCGACGGCCGGAACGACGGUGCUAGGUGCGUUCGAUGAUUUCAAUGCCGUGGCCGACGUCUGUGCCCGCUACGGGUUGUGGAUGCACAUUGACGCAUGUCUCGGUGGCACGGCAGCACUUUCAACCACCCACCGCCACCUGCUUGCCGGGGCGGAUCGAGCCCACUCGCUAGCCUGGAACCCGCACAAAACACUCGGCGCACCGCUCCAGUGUUCGGUGUUUUUGCUGAAGGAGCGGGGUCUGUUGCACGAGUGUAAUGCGGCUAACGCGGACUACCUCUUCCAACAGGACAAGUUCUACGAUAUCCGUUACGAUACCGGUGACAAGAGUGUGCAGUGUGGGCGCAAGGUAGAUGCGUUCAAGUUUUGGCUCAUGUACAAGGCACGUGGCUCGGCUGGACUGGCGGACCUCGUGGACCACGCUUUUGAGUGUGCCCGCUACCUUCAUGAACUGGUGCGCCAUCGGGACGGUUUCCGGCUCGUUCUGGAAGAAUUCCAAUACACCAACAUUAGUUUCUGGUAUGUGCCAAGCUGGAUGCGAAAGGAACCGGCCGGCGACACUACUGAUUGGUGGCAACGGCUGUACGUCGUUACGGCCGACAUUAAGGAACGCAUGGUUAAGCGAGGCACGACCCUGAUCUGCUACGUGCCGUUGCUGCACAAGGGCAUCGGGAACUUUUUCCGCAUGGUCGUAACGUGCCACCCGCGACCGAGUCACGCCACAAUGCGGUAUAUCGUGGAAGAGAUAGAGCGUGUUGGUGAGGAGCUAAACCCAACGGCAAUCCCGAUUAACGGAACGGCCAGUGGAUAAAACGUACGCCAGUACGCUUAUGGAUACACGGAGUUUUAACUGUUUUUAUUUAUACAAUAAACA